AUGGAAAAUAAUAUACUCGAUGUCGACUUCUCUUUUAUUUCUGAAAAGGAUGAAUUGAGUGAUGUGAGGUUUUAAGUUUUUUGAAAAGAGGGUUAUUUUGAUGCUUUGAAAAUCCCUGUAGAAGUUUUGAAAGCAAAAUGAGAAAAGUUUUCAAGACAAAGAAUUUUUUCUGAUAAAUAGGCUUCUGCUCCUCCAAACAGCACAAAAGUUGAAUCAAUCUUAAUUUUCUCAGGUACUAAUCAAAUCUACUCGAUAUUUCUUCGCUGGAACAUCUUUCCCUCCUGAUUUGCUUCAAGAAUUCGUUUUGGCUUGUAAAUCGGACGAAAAUGUUCUUCCUGCAAUGCUUGAAAAUGUUUUUUGCUCGCCCCUCGUUUCUCAUUUCCCAGUCGCGAAAAAGUUCCAGCGUCACUUCUUCAAAAAACUCCUCAGACUGGUUUGAAAUCCUAUGAUUUUUCAAACAAGAAGAAGAUUUUCAGCUUGAAGAAAGCGAUUGUGAGGUACCCGACAAGCUUUAUGACAUAAUUGCCGGUUCCAUGUGUGAAAGUGACGAAGAGAGGAAUUUUUGCCACAAGAUUUACCUACCCGAAGAUUUGUCUGAGAAUCGGGCAUUGGCAAUAAUCCAAGAAUCCGUACUUCAAUUGUCGCGCGGAACUACGGGAUUGUCUGUUUGGCAGGUUUCGCAUUCUUUUUUGGAAGCUCGGAGAAUUUUCAAGGCGUGUUCAAUGAAAAAAAAGGGAAAAUUGUUGCGAAACAAAAGUUAGAACUUUUUUAAGCAUUUUUGGUGCGCCAAUGAACACGCUUUCGUGUUUUGAAACUUGAACGCGCCAUCAAUAAUCUUUGUUCGAUUUUUCGUGAAAAAACUCAAAUUUCCGGAGGCGCAAAUUCAUUUUUGAACCAUCUUUCGCGGUUUCUUUUCUGUAGAAAACUGCAAACUUCCCAAUAAAUCUACCUUCCGUAGUCUUAUUUAUAAUAAAUUUCACGGGUUUUGAUCAAUUUCAGGCGUCUUGUGACCUGGCGAACUUGAUGCGAACCAUGUACCUGGAAAAUAAGACCGUCGUUGAACUUGGCGCCGGGUGCGGCCUCGCCGGAAUCGCCACGGCUGCUUUUUUCCCAACCUCAACGGUCUAUUUGACGGAUUUCGACGAAAACGUCAUCGAUAGGAUAUCUUCUAAUAUUGAAAUUAACCGAUCUCAGGUUGGAGAAAAUUAGAAAUCGUUGAAAAAAAGCAAAUUUGAAGAACUCCACGUGUCACAACGCUCACGUCAAGAAAUUAGAUUGGAAAGAAGGUUACGAUUUGGACGAAUCGACCUUUGGAAACGUCGAUGUUGUGAUUGCCGCAGGUUUGUUGAGAAAGGGGAAAAAUUAUAAUUUGUUCCAAGAUCCUUUGUUGUUAAAAAGUUUACAAAGGCGCUGUAAUUUCGCGAAACAUAAAAAAAUCACUGAGAGCCGCUUUUUUUUUCUUUAAAAACUUCAAGGAAGAUUUUCAUGUUUUCAAGCAUCUCAAUUGGAAGGUCGUUCUACUUGGGAACUUCAGAAGAAACUUUCCAGAUGUUGUCUACGAUCGCGAACUUCUCCGCUCCUUAUGUGUAACAGUGAGAAGAAUUUUGGAAACUUCAAGAUGUUCUUACGCCAUUUUCGCCUCGACUUUGAGGGAUUCCGCAACUCUUGACUCUUUUUUGGAAACUUUAGGUAUGAUCCGGCUCUUUUGACGGUCCAGUCUGUGCAGACUUUGAGCGUUAAUUUUUCGCUUAAGCUCCGCCCCUAAAGCGCAAUAAACCAAUUAGAGAGCUAGCAAUCGAGAGAGCCUUUUCGAAUGACGUCAUUGUACUUGACAUUCGUAAUCUGAAUAGACUAUAAUUCGGAAAAAUUCUCGUUUCUACGAAUAAUAAACCUUUAACAAGUAACAUCUGAGAAAAAAAGCGAAUCGGACGUGUCGGGGCAUUUCUAGUGACCACUUUAGUAGCGUCAACACUCUUAAGGGAUCCCUAUAAUUGCUCAAAAACGUUCGGAGCACGUUCGGUUUAGUUGCCGAUGUUCGAGUUGUAGUCCGUUUUUCGCGACUUGAAAGGGCGGGACUUCUCUGGUUCCUCCUCGUCUCUCAGCAACUCUCUUAUUUUGAAGUGCUAUUUCCAUGUUUCUCUGACCUCGCCGGUGAGGGAACAGAGAGACGCAGGCACGCGAAAACUCUCAAGUCGCGGCGGACGGACUAUAUUUCAAGCAAAAAAUCAAAAAUGAACUUCCAGGCAAGACCCAUUUGAUCGUUUUCGAAGUGCUCCGCUAUCAAAAUUCUCAAUACACCUUGAAAGAUGGCAUUUCAAUACCCUCUGAAACAAUUUUCCCAUUCUGCUCGUCUUUUGAUUCGCCGACCAUUUUUCAUAAAGUCCGUCUUUCUCCAUUCAACUUCUAA